AUGCGGUCUAGGGUUUCGAGGAGAAUGUUACUUGGUUCGUUUAAGAGGUUUCAGAUCGACGAUUACCUCGUGCUACUGGCUAUGACUAUCUUUAUUUAUUUCCUCAUAGUCGUCGAUAACACGCCCAAUAACCUGAUCGAUCCAAAUAAUCCGGAAGACAAUGUGGCAUUCACACCUGAGAAUAUUCAGGAGCGGAUUUGGGGAUCCAAGGCAAUAUUUGUGGUUGAACAGAUGCAAUGCUGUACGAUUUGGAUUAUCAAAGCAUGCAUCUUGUUGAUGUACUCCCGCAUAACGGUCAACACGGAACAAAAGUUUCUUGUCAAGAUCGCGGCUGUAUAUACAACUUUGUGCUUCAUCGUUAUGGAGAUCUUAUGCUUUGCCGCAUGGUGUCGACCAUUCAGCCAGUAUUGGGCGAUUCCUCCAACAAAUACCCAAUGCGCUACGUAUUUGAACCAUCUCAUUACGAACCUUGUGGUCAAUCUCUCAUCAGACCUGCUCAUUUUUUUCAUCCCUUUCCCUCUGUUCUUCCGAUCCUCACUCGACCUCAAGCAGAAACUCAUUUUGUCCUGCGUCUUUGCUGUGGGGAUCUUCACGAUGGCUUGUGCUAUUCUUAGUAAGACAUACUCGUUCAUCGACCCCUUUAGCAACAAUUGGACGUACUGGUAUGUUCGUGAAUCAUCAACGGCUAUCAUUUGCGCGAAUCUUCCACCGACUUGGCCCUUGGUCAGAAAGGUCUUUGCCAUCAAAUCUCCCAAUUCGACUAAAGCAAAGUACUAUGCUCGCUCCGCUCGACCUAUUAACGCGCCUUCGUGA